AUGGAAGUUGCAGUUGAGCAAGCUGCUCAAUCACAUUCAAGAAGAAGCAAGUGGCAGUUUAUGGGGACAAGUGAUGCUGGUGCUAAAGAAGAGCUUCACCGGGUGUAUUGUGCUAAAGAAGACCUUCUGCCCAUUCCAUGUUUCUCUCAACUGUUGAGUUAUGUCAUGAUAAUGAUAUAUAUUUCUUUUCAGGGUGUAGAUGUUGGAAGCAAGAAUUUUUAUCUUCCUCAAAAGGUUUCUAAUUCUAUGUUAGUUUCUAGAACAACAUGGGAAGGUGGUCAAUACAAUAGAGAUGAAAAGAGUCGAUUGGAUGCUCUGUGUUUAGCAAUGGAGCUAGGAGCUGAUCACAUCGAUGUUGAGCUUCAGGUUCCUUUCUUCUCUGUAGGUGCAAAUGGUGCAGCUGGUCAUUGCUUUCUUCGGCUCAUAUAUAGGGUGAGAAGAAGAAGAAAACGAAAACUAAAGAUUACUGGGAUUGGGAAUUGGCCAAUGAGACAAAACCGAUAUGGUGAUCUUAAGCUUGCGACAUAUUUAUCUAAGAAGAACUAUACAGGAGCCCAUUUCUAUCGAAAUGCUGUUCCUUCACUUUUGGCUCUUCCACCUGGCUGUGAAUCCUCAGAUUGCAUUGUGAGAUUUGGUGUGGAAGAAGCUCCUAUCAUUGUUAUUCUAAGAGACCCCGAUGUCAAACCUGUAGUCUACCAUGGCUCAAUCAACAAUUCAAGACUUGUUGAUGUCAUGGAACAAAAUAAACAUGAAGAUGCAUAA